AUGAUGGGAUUUAGCAAGAGAUCUCGACAGAAAACAGCAGCUCCAGCCAGACAAAGCGCAAGUGCAAAUGGCGGUGGAAUAAAGAAGGCUACUUACGAACACACAAAGAAGAAAGAAGUGGGCGUUUCAGACUUGACACUCCUAUCGACAAUCUCCGACGAAUCAAUCAACGAUAACCUCAAGAAGAGGUUUGAAAACGGUAUCAUCUAUACAUAUAUUGGACAUGUGCUUAUCUCUGUCAAUCCAUUCAGAGAUUUAGGGAUUUACACCUUGGAGACCUUGUUAUCUUACAAAAAUAAAAACAGACUAGAGGUCCCUCCCCAUGUUUAUGCAAUUGCCGAAAACAUGUAUCACAAUAUGAUGGCAUACAAUGAUAACCAAUGUGUCAUUAUUUCUGGUGAAUCCGGAGCUGGUAAAACUGAAGCUGCAAAGAGAAUCAUGCAGUACAUUGCUCAAGUUUCGGGUUCUCUUACCAACUCCACACAAAUCCAAAGAAUCAACGAUAUGGUUUUGGCUACCAAUCCCUUAUUAGAAUCGUUUGGAUGUGCCAAAACCUUGAGGAAUAACAACUCUUCCAGACAUGGUAAAUAUUUAGAAAUCCAGUUCAAUAAAAGUUUUGAACCUGUCUCUGCCAAUAUUACCAAUUAUCUUCUUGAAAAACAAAGAGUUGUUGGUCAGAUCCAAAACGAAAGAAACUUCCAUAUUUUCUACCAAUUGACCAAGGCGGCAGAUGACAAUUAUAGACAGAUCUUUGGUGUCCAAAAACCAGAGCAGUAUGUCUAUACUGCACAAUCCGGUUGUACAAGCGUUGAUUCUAUUGAUGACGUGCACGACUAUACGGAAACUUUAAAGGCAAUGGAUACAAUUGGGUUGUCAAGUGAGGAAAGGGAUCAUGUUUUCAGGUUGCUAUCUGCCAUCUUAUGGAUCGGUAACGUUUCGUUUAUAGAAGACGAAGAAGGUAACUCUAAAAUCAGGGACGAAUCGGUCACUAAUUUUGUGGCAUAUUUGUUACAGGUUGAUGCUACAUUGCUCUGCAAGUCAUUAACCGAAAGAACAAUGGAAACAUCUCAUGGUAUGAAGAGAGGUUCUAUCUAUCACGUUCCAUUGAACACAACCCAAGCAACUGCUGUCAAGGAUGCCUUGGCUAUGGGUAUUUACAAUAAUUUAUUUGAUUGGAUUGUUGAUAGAGUCAAUCAGUCAUUCUCCAGUAAUAAAUCAGAUAUCUUCAAAUCCAUUGGGAUUUUGGAUAUUUAUGGUUUUGAAAUUUUUGAACAUAACUCCUUCGAACAGUUAUGUAUUAAUUACGUCAAUGAAAAGUUGCAACAGAUUUUCAUCCAAUUGACUUUGAAGUCAGAACAAGAUGAGUACGUCAAGGAACAGAUCCAGUGGACCCCUAUCAAGUUCUUCAAUAAUCAAAUCGUUUGUGAUUUGAUUGAGUCAAAGAGACCCCCUGGUAUUUUUGCUGCAUUGAAUGACGCAUGUGCAACUGCCCAUGCAGAUUCUUCAGCAGCAGACCAGUCUUUUGCACAAAGACUAAAUAUGCUAUCGACUAAUCAGCAUUUUGAUUUGAGAGGCUCCAAAUUCGUUGUUAAGCAUUAUGCAGGUGAUGUUACAUAUGACAUUGCUGCAAUGACAGACAAAAAUAAAGACCAAUUAUUGAAGGAUUUGUUAGAGUUGUUGCAAACUUCACAAGAUCCGUUUAUUAGAGAAUUAUUUCCAAAUAGUGUUGAUCAAUCAUCUAAGAAGAGACCUCCAACUGCCGGCGAUAAGAUUAAAACCAGUGCAAAUCUAUUGGUGGAUACUCUAUCACAAGCAACACCUUCUUAUAUUAGAACCAUCAAGCCUAAUCAACAUAGAUCCCCUACUGAAUAUGACACCAAGGCCGUUCUGCAUCAAGUUAAAUAUCUUGGUCUAAAGGAAAACGUCAGAAUUAGAAGAGCAGGUUUUGCAUAUAGACAAACUUUUGAAAAAUUCGUUGAGAGAUUCUAUUUAUUAUCAACAAAAACUUCGUAUGCCGGUGAGUAUAUUUGGACAGGCGAUGCUAGAACUGCGACUGAAAUAAUCCUCAGAGAUUCUAAUUUUGAUCCAUCUGAAUGGCAGCUGGGUGUGAGUAAAGUCUUCAUCAAAAAGCCAGAAACUUUAUUUGCACUCGAAGACCUGAGAGAAAAUUAUUGGGCCAAUAAGGCAAAGGUCAUUCAAAGGGCUUGUAGGAAAUGGCUAAGAAGAAGAGAAGAAGCUGCAAAGAUAGUACAGAGAUUAUGGAGAAUUAGAAAUAAGGGCUUCCAAGAGACCAACCAAUAUAUUGAACUAAGAGAUUUUAGUAAUCAAAUUGUAUAUGGUAAGAAGCAGAGAAGAAGGUUAAGUGUGUUGGGCUCCAGACAGUUUGUGGGAGAUUAUAUUGGUGUGAAUGAUAAAACCGGUGGCUUUGGUAAGUUCAUCAAAAAUGCAAUAAAUUUGAAGGAUAAGGUCAAGUUUUCUGCAAAGGGUGACCAGUUACAUUCUAAAUUUGGUAGAUCUUCUCAGAGAUUACCAAAGAUUUUCCUUAUUACUAAAGAUGAUAGAUUUAUAGUGGUUGGACAGAAUGUUGUUAAUAACAAGGCCCAAUACAGCGUUGAGUUUAACAAACCAAUUACAUCCAUACCACAAGUUAGCGUUUCAAACCUAGCCGACGAUUGGUUAGCGAUAAACUUAAAUUCUAAAACUGAACCCGACUUGUUUAUCAACUGUCUAUUCAAGACUGAGAUUUUAGGUAGAUUCAAGAAGGCAAACCCGGCAAUCACUAUAAACAUAGGAUCCAAAAUUGUUUAUUGCAAGAAACCAGGCAAAAAACAUACAGUUAAAUUCCAGUUGGCAACCUCUGGCAACACCGAUGCUUACAAGUCGAGUACGGUGUCUAUUUCCAGAGGUAGCGAACCGAACGCUAAGAACCGUCCAUUACCUCAGCCAAAGACCAAGUUUACCGGAGACAAGAUAGCUGCUUACAAGAGGGCUGCUCAAAAUAGAGGUGCAGGAAAGAAGUUAUUGUCUGCAUCUGCAGCUGCAGCUGCAUACAGUCCGUCACAAACACAGGCGGCUCAGCAGCAACAACAACAACAACAACAACAACAACAACAACAACAAUAUCAUCAGCCUCAGCAGCAGCAACAUCAUCAUCAACAUCAACACCAACACGUACAACAAGCUUCAGUCCCAGCACCACCAUCUGCUAACAACAAACCAAGACUGUCUAAACCUGCUGCUCCUCAACCUAGACCGAAACCUGCUGCACCGGUGUCAAGGAAUAGACAAUCUAUGCAACCAACAUCUGCUCAAACAUCAGUUGCAAAACCAGCGCCAGCCCCGCCAGCUCCACCAGCCCCACCAGCGGCUGUCGCAAAGCCAAAGUGGCCUACAUACAGAGCUGAAUAUGAUUAUCCAGGGAACAAUGGCUCUAUGGCUCUUACAAAGGGCGACAUCAUGUACAUUCUACAAUCUGAGCCAAGCGGUUGGUCAUUGGCCAAGACAUUGGAUGAAGCUACUGAAGGUUGGGUCCCUACUGCUUAUAUUGUUGAAUGCGAACCACCGUCUUUAUUAGGUGGUAACGUGCAAUCUGCUCCAACUUCUACGCAAGCACCGGUUCUUGCACAAACGACACAGACAGCAAAUGCCGGCAACAAUGCGAAUGGCUUAGCUGAUGGCUUAGCUUCUGCUCUUUUAGAGAAAAAGCAAGAGGAAACCAUUUUGGCUACUGAUCUAGCAGCUGCUAUUAGGCAACAUGCACGCAGGGAGAGUGAUGAGGAAGACGAUGAAGAUGACGAUGAUUGGUGA